AUGGCUAGUAUUGUUGAUCAACAGGAUAAAUUUUAUCAAGAAGUUCAGCAAUUUGCUGAGAAUAAUACAUCUAAGCACAACCAUCUUUAUACUAGGGACAAAUUGAAUGACUUAAUUUCUAAAGUUAAAAAUGCAAAAGAGGCAUCGAAGAAAAGUGACCAAGACAGACAUUUGCUAAAGAAAUAUGAUAUUAUUCAAGUUGCAGAUAUUGAAAAGCUCAUCAAAAAAGGAGGAAAUGAUGACACCAUACUUUACUACUUAUCCAUUGAGGAUAUGUAUGAUAUCAUAAAAACAGCACAUGUUGGGGUCGGUCAUGGAGGUCUCCAUAAAACUAACAAAGAACUCAAAAAACAUUUUGCUAACAUUAGCCGGGAAGCAAUACGCAUAUUUACAACCAACUGUGAACAAUGUAUCUUGAAAAGAAAGCGUUCUGACAUAUCAAAACUUGUUGUUAAACCUAUAAUUUCUGCUGACUUCAACUGUAGAGGGCAGGUUGACCUUGUAGACCUUCAAUCUGUCCCCGACCAGGAAUUUAAAUGGAUAAUGCAUUAUCAAGAUCAUCUUACCAAAUUUAGUGUGCUUAGAGCUCUGAAAUCUAAGAGAGCUGCUGAAGUUGCGUAUCAAUUACUUGACAUCUUUCUUCUCUUUGGUGCACCCCAUAUCCUCCAAAGCGAUAAUGGAAGAGAGUUCACUGCACAUAUAAUUACUGAACUGAAAUCGUUAUGGUCAGAAUUAGUAAUAGUUCAUGGACGACCAAGACAUCCCCAAAGUCAAGGAGCUGUAGAAAGAGCAAAUGCAGACAUUAAAGAAAUGCUCAUAUCAUGGAUGAAUGACAAUGACACACGACAGUGGUCUGAAGGUUUGCGCUUCGUGCAAUUUCAGAAAAAUAGAUCAUAUCACAGAGUAAUUGAUCAAUCGCCUUAUCAUGCUCUGUUUGGUUCUGACCCAAAGAUAGGUUUAUCUUCAUCUUCUUUGCCCAAGGAACUUUUGCCUAAUCUUGAAACUGAGGAAGAUCUGGUGAAAGUGUUUAAAGAGGUUUCAGAGGAGAACAGUGAAAUUGAGAUUGAUGGAACGGAUGAAAACACAGAUGCUGAAUCGGUAGAAUCAGAAAGAGAACUUAACGAUUCUGGAUCAACACGUACAACUAUUGAAGUAGUAUCAGAGGAAGUCGAAACCCCAAUCAUUCGUGCUAGAAAACGUACAUUGUCUGGCCAACAAAUCCAAGCAGAUGUCCUUACAAGAAAUACAAAACAGAAACUGAGUGAGUUAUCUGUUGGAGACAAUGUUAUUAUCCCAAUACCACAAUAUGACCGAGCACCGACCGAUCAAAGGAACAUACAAGGUGUUGUUGUAGAAGUAGGACAUUUUGGAUAUCGUGUAGGGACAAUAGCUGGUAAUUUAUCAGGAGUCUUAAGCAGAAACCAACUAGAAUCAAUUAGUGACUCUUCUUUGUCAGUUACACAAAUUCCAGAUUUACAACUUUCCCUUAGGGAAGCUGUGAAAAAAAAUUCAAAAACUGGUGGACAGGGUUAUCUCUCUUGCAAAUGUAAAGGCGGUUGUAACAAUUCAAAGUGUAAAUGUAAAAAGCAAAAUGUAUUGUGUAAUUCGAGGUGUCAUGGUUCGCUAACCUGCUCAAACAAAUAA